AUGCUCCCUGGAGAAGGGAAACAAAAUCACCAGUGCUCUCCCCGCGAAAGAAAAAAAAAAGAAAAGAUAGAGCUUACUUGGAUUUCUUGCCAGCGUCCAAGAGUUCCUUGUGCUUUCAUCGCAGAGUUCACAAAAACCCUGGAAAGAAAGAAGAACAAGCAUGAAAACGAGGCAAUUCAUCGAAAUUCUUUCACCAGCAUACUUCUCGAUCUGUCCUUAGAGCUGGAGGCUACCAUUCUUUCCUUGCGGCUUCCCUUGGAACUCGAGGAGCUAGAAAACCUGGGAUUGUCUCGUCGCCGGCACCAUGACGCUGCCGCGGUCGCGAAUCCAGUGCCUGCCCUGGCAGAAGAAGCUGCGCAGUUGGGAAGGGUCGACAGUAGCCACGACUCUUUCAAACACAGAAAACCCUCGAAAUAUUUCCAUUACCAGCGCUGGAGGAGCGGAGCUAGCUCGUCUAGAUCGGCCGCGAGGUCAUUCUUCCUAGGGUUCUGGAGAUCGAGCAAAGAGGAGGAGGAAGAGGAGCUGCGCAGCUGCGUCGUGGAUUAUAGCUCUCUCACUCCAUCCGCUGCUAGGCCAAUCGAUCGCCAGGUAGAAGAAGGCGCCGCCGACGAUCAUCACCUCAAGCUCUACCAUGUUCGCCUCCAAGAUCAGCUCCAGGAAUUCCUGGACAAGACACUGGAGAUUAUCCGCGUGGAGGAGGAGCCAGAUCCUGCUCCAGUGGCUGCUCCAUCCCAGGAAGAAGACGAUGGAUUCCAUCUCUUUGGGAAAGCUCCGGCUGGGAUAACAAUGAUAGAGAGAGUCAGGGAUGGAUCUCUAGAGCACAGGGCUAGUGGCAAACGCUACAUUCACAGUACAAGGGGGUGGUUUUCUAGUGGCAAGAACUCGUUAGAGAAUGUAGUGAUCGAUGCUGAGAGUGUGAGAGUAGAGGCGGAGAAGGCGAGAGAGAAGGCUCUGGCAGCAUGGAAGGAUAGAAUUUCUAGAAAGGAAGAAGCCAUUGCUAGAGAGAACUCGAGGGUGGCGGCACUGAAACAAGUCAGGGGUGAGAAGUGGAUUUGCUAGCUCAAUUCAUGUUCUUCAUCAGAGAGAGAGAAGCCUUCUCGAAGGAGCAGCGAUCGAGUUCACUAAUGUUCUCAGAUUUUUAUACAUUAGCGUUAAGAACCCAGACCGAAUCAGUCAACCACUCUUUGAGAUACAAAGACACGUUGUUGCCACCAAUCACU